AUGAAAACGACCAUAAUCAUCAUGGAAUUCCCAGCGCACCUGGCUAGGCAAGAAGCGUUGCCGCUGCUCAAGUACGCCACCGUCCAGGUCCUCAAUGCAAACUCGGACUCCAAGUGGAACACUUACCCGUGCUACGCGGCACCCCUCUACUACGCUGAACCGUUUGGCCUCAACGGCCAUGCGAAGCCCUGUCGCAGGAUCGUGGUAAGACUAGUGUCAACAUUCUCGCUGGUGGCCGACAUCUCAAUCUCGACGCGCCAAGAAGUCGCUUCGGCGGCAUACCACUCCGCGCAACUGCCAUCUCAGGUCAUGUGGAAAGCAUUGCGGCGCUCCUACGGCACGGGACUGACCCGGGACGGGCCGAGUUCAAGGGAAUCACACACCUGGACAGCGCCAUGUCCCAGGGCGACGCCGGGGUCGUUUGGCUUGUGCAGUCCGCAAGCGCGCCCGCCGAGGGGAGAUGCGACCGGAUGGAAAGGCUGA